AUGUCUGUGUCACCAUACAUUGCUGCCACAACUCUACUCUCCUUGCAUCUCCUUCUCUUCCUUGUUAACGCUAACUCAUCCAUGGAUCCAUACAAAGUACUCAACUUAAUCCUCAACCCAGACGGCACCGUCACACGCUUAGAAAAAAUCCCACAAUCCCCACCCUCACCGGAUCCAAAUCUCCCCACACCAGCACUCUCCAAAGACCUCACCAUCAACCAAUCAAAACACACUUGGGCUCGAAUCUACCUUCCCCACAAACCCCACUCCAAGAAACUACCGCUCAUUAUCUUCUACCACGGCGGCGGCUUCAUUUUCUACAGCGCCGCUUCAACUUACGUCCACGAUUUCUGCGCCAACCUCGCCAACAAGACCCAAUCCGUCGUCGUUUCACUCGAAUACCGCCUCGCACCGGAACACCGUCUUCCCGCGGCGUACGACGACAGCGUGGAAAUUCUUCACUGGAUUAAAAACUCAAACGACGCAUGGUUGACACAUCACGCUGACUACUCACGAUGUUAUCUCAUGGGAGAGAGUGCUGGAGGUAAUAUCGCCUACACCGCGGGUCUACGUGCGGCUGCGAUAGUUGAUGACAUUAAACCGAUUACCAUCAAAGGGUUGAUAUUGGUUCAACCGUUUUUCGGUGGGACCAAGAGGACUCCAUCUGAGAUAAGGCUUGAGAAGGAUAAGAAUCUACCUUUGAUUUUUACUGAUGCGUUGUGGGAAUUAUCGUUACCUGUAGGCGUUGAUCGUGAUUACGUGUAUUCUAAUCCAAUGGUGAAUGGCGGUGAUAAGGUUUUGGAGAAGAUUAGGUUGUUUGGUUGGAAGGUUGCGGUUUUUGGGUGUGAUGGGGAUCAACUUGUGGACCGUCAGAGGGAGUUAGUGAAGUUGCUUGAGGGUAAAAAUGUCAAUGUGGUUGGACAAUUUUAUAGUGGGGGUAGACAUGGUAUUUUCAUGGGUGUUCCUACCAUGUCUGAAAAAGUGUUCGAUUUAGUCAAGAGUUUUCAUUGA